AUGGGUAGAGAUAAAGUGAUAGGAGAGGAGUUGGUGUCUAAACACUCCAUUAAUACCAACCCACCCUCUUCGCCCCGAAUCUUUUCUCACGGGUCAUCUUCCAAACUAGAAUCCAAGUCGAUCACUCUAGCCACACCUCCAGUUUCAGCCAUUAUCCCGUCUUCCAUUACCAACGCCCCCAGAGCCGUACAAAACACGGCGAUUUUGUCUAAGUCUUUCCAAAAUCCACCCCCAACGCCGUCGGAGCCGUACAAAAGUCGGGAGAAUUUUGUCCAAGUCUAUCCCAAUUACCCGACGGCUCGCUCAUACGGUUUGAUAUCGGCCAAAGCCGCAAACCCGGGCCAGCCGUCGCCCCGUUUACCCGGAACCCGACCUGGCAUCUCCCGGCCCGUCGGCUCCCGACCCGGCAUCCUCCGACCCGCCGGCUCCCGGCCCGUCGGUUCCCGGCCCGGCAUCCCCCGACCUGCCGGCUCCCGGCCCGUCGGCUUCCGACCCGGCAUCCUCCGACCCGCCGGCUCCCGGCCCGUCGGCUCCCGACCCGGCAUCCUCCGACCCGCCGGCUCCCGGCCCGUCGGUUCCCGGCCCGGCAUCCCCCGACCCUCCGGCUCCCGGCCCGUCGCCUCCCGAACCGGCAACUCCCGCCCCGUCGGCUCCCGCGAACCGGCAUCCCCCGGCCCGCCGGCUCCCCACCCGGCAUCCCCCGAUCCGCCGACUACGUCGCGACCCGGAGGUCCUCGACCCAACGGCUUCCGGCCCACUACCUCGCGACCCGGAGGUUCUCGACCCGACGGCUCCCGACCCACCAAGGUUGGACCCGACGGCUCCCGACCCACCAAGGUUGAACCCGAUGGCUCUCGGCCACCCAAGCUCGGACCCGACUAA